AUGGACGCUCUUAACCUCUCUUCUGGGAUGGGCAAAAGGGGCCCAGCAGCAGUGGCUGAGGCGGCGGCGGCCACAGCAGCAGCACCAGGGGCCGCCACCGCUCUUCCCGGGCCUCUCUGCACUCAGGCCCCGGGACGCACGCGGCCCCCCAGGAGGUUCUCGCACCAAAGGUCGGCGUCUUUGGCUCGGGUCCUGGGCGAGCGCCGGGCUCCGGCCCUUACCUGUUGCCCCGCAGGCCUUCUCCCCGCCAAGGCCCCGGCCCGGCCCGGCGCGCUCGCUCCCGCAGUGCUGGGCCCUCCCUCCGGCAGGCCGGCCGCCAUGAGCCGGUGGAGUCCCCGGCGCCUUCGAGCUGCGCCCCGAGCCCCCGCGCCUGCCGCCUCCUCGCGGCCCCCACGGCCCCCGCGCACGGCGCACGAACUCACUCGGUGGCCGGUGCAGAGCUGGCCGGCCCGGGCGCCGCUGCUCCGUCUCCUCUCCGAGCGCCCGGCCCGUGCGCACUGGCUGGGCCGGGUCCUCUCCUCCCCCUUCCGCCGCCCGCGGCUCCCUCCCUCCUUCCUCCUCUGCCCGCCGAACCCCGGCGAGCCCAGGCCGAGCCCAGCCGAGGAGGGAAGGCCCCGCGUGCGCCGAGCCGAGCUGGCCGUGGGCCGCGCCUGGGCGGGACCAGAGUCCCGGAACCCCGCGCUGCGCCUGUGGAGCCUCGGAGCCCCGACGGGGCGGGUAGCUCCCGCGCUGGCGGCCGCCCGGGUCUCUGGGUGGCGCGGAGGCGGCCCACCGGGAAGGGGCCCCCAGGCGCCUGAGGACACGGCUCACAGCCGGCUGCCUCUGCCCCACCCCGCGGCCCAGCUGCGGUCGACGGCCUCAGCCCGGCGUGCAGCCCUCAGUUCCUCCCGGGUUGGGGUUGGUUGCCACAGUUCCCGCGCCUGGCCGCGGGGGAGGAAUGGCGCAGCCGGGAGCCCCGUCCAGGUCCACCCGGUGAAAGCCCUGCACAGACCCCGAGGCUCCUGGCGGGGAGACCCGCAGUACCCCAGCCCUGCUGUUCGGAGCCCGAACGGAGUUGCUCUCAACUUUUAG